GGCGGCGCCGACCGGAAGUCCCGCCUCUCCCGCGCGCCCCGGAACGCCGCGACAGCCACGCCGGCCAAUGAGCAGCGCGCCGUGGCGGACGUCGGCCAAUGGGCUCGCGCGCCGGGGGGGCGUGUCCGGGCCGCGGGCCGGAGCGGGUCGUGCGCGCUGAGGAGGAGCCGCUGCCGCCGUCGCCGUCGCCGCCACCGCCGCCACCGCUACCGAGGCCGAGCGGAGCCGUUAGCGCCGCGCCGCCGCCGCCUCCCGCCCGCCCCGGAGCAGCCCCGGGCCCGCCCGCCCGCAUCCAGAUUUUUGAAAAAUACAAUGUCUAAUGGUUAUGAAGACCACAUGGCCGAAGACUGCAGGGGUGACAUCGGGAGAACGAAUUUGAUCGUCAACUACCUCCCUCAGAACAUGACCCAGGAUGAGUUACGAAGCCUGUUCAGCAGCAUUGGUGAAGUUGAAUCUGCAAAACUUAUUCGGGAUAAAGUAGCAGGACACAGCUUGGGCUAUGGCUUUGUGAACUACGUGACCGCGAAGGAUGCAGAGAGAGCAAUCAACACGCUGAACGGCUUGAGGCUCCAGUCAAAAACCAUUAAGGUGUCGUAUGCUCGCCCGAGCUCAGAGGUGAUCAAAGACGCCAACUUGUACAUCAGCGGGCUCCCUCGGACCAUGACCCAGAAGGACGUAGAGGAUAUGUUCUCUCGGUUUGGGCGGAUCAUCAACUCGCGGGUCCUCGUGGAUCAGACCACAGGUUUGUCCAGAGGGGUUGCGUUUAUCCGGUUUGACAAACGGUCGGAGGCAGAAGAGGCAAUUACCAGUUUCAAUGGUCAUAAACCCCCAGGUUCCUCUGAGCCCAUCACAGUGAAGUUUGCAGCCAACCCCAACCAGAACAAAAACGUGGCACUCCUCUCGCAGCUGUACCAUUCGCCAGCGCGACGGUUCGGAGGCCCCGUUCACCACCAGGCGCAGAGAUUCAGGUUCUCCCCCAUGGGCGUCGAUCACAUGAGCGGGCUCUCUGGCGUCAAUGUGCCGGGAAACGCCUCCUCCGGCUGGUGCAUUUUCAUCUACAACCUGGGGCAGGACGCCGACGAGGGGAUCCUCUGGCAGAUGUUUGGGCCGUUUGGCGCCGUCACCAAUGUGAAAGUGAUCCGCGACUUCAACACCAACAAGUGCAAAGGGUUUGGCUUUGUGACCAUGACAAACUAUGAAGAAGCCGCGAUGGCCAUAGCCAGCCUGAACGGCUACCGCCUGGGGGACAAAAUCUUACAGGUUUCCUUCAAAACCAACAAGUCCCACAAAUAACUCGCUCAUGCUUUUUUUUGUACGGAAUAGAUAAUUAAGAGUGAAGGAGUUGAAACUUUUCUUGUUAGUGUACAACUCAUUUUGCGCCAAUUUUCACAAGUGUUUGUCUUUGUCUGAAUGAGAAGUGAGAAGGUUUUUAUACUCUGGGAUGCAACCGACAUGUUCAAAUGUUUGAAAUCCCACAAUGUUAGACCAAUCUUAAGUUUCGUAAGUUAUUUCCUUUAAGAUAUAUAUUAAACAGAAAUCUAAGUAGAACUGCAUUGACUAACCAGUCCCUCUGGAUGGUGGUGAACCUGAAGCAUGCUUUAACCUCUAAGACUGUCUAACACGCGUUUCAUUCAAUGUCUCCACAGACUGGGUAGCAAAAAAAAAUCACCUUUUAGUUUUAGUUUUUAAUCUAAAGAUGUUAGACAGAUGCUGAGUGUGCGUUUUCUCAACCGCUUCAACAUUGUAAGCGAUGUAUGCUUUGGUUGACAGGAAGUUCCUUUUCCAGGCAGGUCCCGUUGCCACCUCCUGCUCACUUAGUCCCAGGCUCUGCCGAGUGGUCCUGGGAAUGGCGGCGGGCCCGACCAGCGUGGGCCACCACUGGGGCCGCGGGCCGUGGGCCGCAUGCCGGGCGGGCCCUCCAGAGGACACAAACGUGUUUCGUAAGCCCAGGCACCAAUGGGAAUGGACCAAAGAGUUUCAGGGAAACUCCAGUAUAUUCCAGAGUCAGAUCUAAGCUCCAGGCACGCCUGAAGAUGUGUUGCUACUCUGACACCCCGAGUUUCUGUCCACACAUUGCAUGCACGGCGCCCCACACAUUGGAUACUGUUGUUCACGAUAAUUUCUCCCGUUUUCCAGAGCAUUUAACAUAGCUUGGAAGCGUAAAAUGGCUCUGUUUUUUAAUAACACAGAAACAUUUGAGCAUUGUAUUUCUCGCAUCCCUUCUCGUGAGCGCUUAGACCUUUUUCUGUUUUAGUCGGAUUUUGUUUUGGAAUUUUGCUUUUGUAUGAACACUCAGCAGAAAAGUACUUACUUCUUGCCAGUUAUCUAUUAACCAAAACCUUUGAUUUGUAGUUUUAAAGAUUAACCCUCAAAGUUCUCUUCAUAACUGCCUUGACAUUUUGGGUUGUUCUGUUCUGUUAAUUUUCUUUUGCUUUUUUGUGUUUUUUGUUUGUUUUUACUUUUGCAUUUAAGACCAUUAAAUUUGAUUUUGUUUUGCUCGAA